AUCUCAAAUAUGACGUCACGUAUCUAAACAAGAAAAUAUAGUCAAAGUCUUGUGAUAUUGAGAAAUAAGAGAAUAACAAGCAUUGUCGAUAAACAGAGAAGCAGACAGCAGACAGCUAGUAAAACACGAUGUUCAGUACUGGACCCAACUACGCGAAACUGAAAACAAACUUAAGACUUAUCAUAAACCGUUUAAAAUUGUUGGAAAAGAAGAAAACGGAGAUAGCCUCUAAAGCGAGAAAGGACAUAGCAGACUACAUAUCGGCGGGUAAAGAUGACAGGGCGAGAAUUCGAGUGGAACACAUUAUACGGGAGGACUAUCUGGUGGAGGCCAUGGAGCUCCUGGAAAUGUUCUGUGAUCUGAUACUGGCCAGAUUUGGUUUGAUUCAGACUCAAAAAGAGCUGGAUCCUGGAUUGGAGGAAGCCAUUGCAAGCAUCAUCUGGGCAUCUCCGAGACUGCAAGCUGACGUACAAGAACUGAAAUUGGUGACUGAUCAGCUAACCUCCAAGUAUGGAAAAGAAUUCGCCCAGGCAUGCCGAACAAAUGAACUGAACAAUGUCAACGAGAAAGUCAUGCACAAACUUGGGGUACAGGCUCCUCCCAAAAUCUUGGUAGAACGAUAUAUGAUGGAAAUCGCAAAGACUUACAAUGUGCCUUUUGAACCUGAUCCCUCUGUGAUGAGCCAGGAUGAAAUAUUUGCCGCAGAAAACCUUUUGAUAGAUCUGGGAGAGAAGAAAGGCGGAGGGGGUGGUGGUAAUGGGGGACCCAGUGGAGGUAUGGGGGUGUUACAGCCGCAGUCAGGGGGUGGUGCCUCAGCCUCGGCCCCCUCUUACCCUCCUCCCCAGUCACAGUACCCACCCCCACAACAGAUGUACCCACCACCCCAGGAUGGGAAGUAUCCUCCUCCUUUACCACAGAUGCCCCCGGCAGGAGGGAUAGGAGCAGGUGGAUUUGUUGACCCCGCCCACUCAGCACCACCCCCAGGCACUGGGCAGCAGUCCUAUAAUGAUUGGCUAGGGGAGGACCCCAAGAAACAGGUUCACAGUCAGCCCCCUCCCCCCGCAGGGUUCAAUCCAGAGGCUUUCCCUGACCUCCCAGCUGUCCCCAACAGCACGCUCCCUGACCCUGGGAAUUCCGUUGGGGGAAGCUCAGCGGGAGGGGAAGAUGUUGACUUUGAUGAUUUGACCAGAAGAUUUGAACAAUUGAAGAAGAGAAAGUGAAGUGAUAUUGUAAAGGAAUUUACUGUAGACAUCAUUUUGUUUCUCUCUGUCAAGUUUGUGUAACAUGUAUAAUGUAGUGUUUUGUACAUUGAUUCAAGUGUUGAUAUUUGAAUAUGCCGCACCCAUACAGAUUUUUAAUUCUGAAAAUAUUAUCAGACUGUCUAUUAAUAUGGAAUAUUUUCUUUGAGAACAACUACCUUCAAUGUGAAAAAAUGAAUCAUAUUAGAUAAAUCUACUCUAAAGACUUCUAUGUACAUGUGUAUUUAUAGUGCAAUUAUAAAAAACCACAAACUGUGUGAUUUGUGUGAGCCCUACACCAUGGGACUGGUGUCAGUUUUUGAUGUAAAUUAAUAUGCAUUGUCAAGAAAAAUUGUAACUUGUAAAAUGAAAUGUGAUGAAACUAAAA